GUUUUUUCACAACUCGAACUGCAGAGAAGUAACAAGCUACAAAUCGACUUUGACGAACUUCAGUUGACCGUCGAAAACGUGCUUUUGAAAAUGACAUAAAAUGAAUCUGCUUCCUCAAAACUACAAAGACUUCCAUUCAGCUGAAUAUUGGGAGAACUUUUUUAAGAAAAGAGGAACAAAGGCAUUUGAAUGGUAUGGAGAAUAUCCAGAGCUUUGUGGAGUUCUUCACAAGUAUGUUAAGACAGCUGAUAAUAUCCUGAUGAUUGGGUGUGGUAACUCGGUACUGAGUGAGAACCUGUUUGAUGUUGGGCAUCACAACAUCACAAACAUUGACAUCAGUGAUGUCGUGGUCAGACAAAUGACAGAGAGAAACAAAGAGCAGAGGCCAGAAAUGAAGUAUCUAAAAAUGGAUGCACUUGAUAUGGAAUUUGAAGAUUCUUCAUUCAGUGUUGUCUUGGACAAAGGAACAUUGGAUGCCUUAAUGGUAGACGAUUCAGAGGCUGUGAAUGAAGACAUCAAUAAAUUGUUCUGUGAAAUUGGGAGAGUGCUGAAACUUGGUGGUCGCUACGUCUGCAUAUCCCUAAUGCAAGACCAUAUCUUGAACAAAGUUCUCCAGUAUUUUCCAGAUAUAGGUUGGCCUGUUAGAAUUCACAAGAUUGACACAGAGAAUUCUGAAAACACAGAUAAGGAUUUCCAUCUCCCAGUGUUUGCCGUAGUUUUCACAAAAUUUAAGAAAAUGCCAAAUAUGAAACCUAUACUUGAAAUUAGCAACUCUGAGGAUAAAUUAAGCCGACACAAUGAUGUAGACGAAAUGAAAACUCUGAUUAAAGAAGUACAGUACUAUGCCAUGAUCAGACAGAAACUUAGCAAGAGGAAUUUGUUUGGAGAACAAGUGUCCUUGACCCUGUUUACAUCAGCAUCCACUGAGCCACGUUAUACCCUGCACGUUGUGGAUGUACCGGAAACUGGCCUCAGAAAAUUUGCCAUUUUUAUAGUGCCACAGGGGAGAGAGACUGAUUGGUUGUUUGGGUCAGAGGAAGGGAGGACCCACUUGGCUAAGAGUGCAGGCUUUGAGAGACUAGUGGUGGUCUCUCUUAGCAGGCACCACACAUAUGUUGACAUGGAAAGUGUUAAACAGGAGCUGUCAUUGAAAGUCAUGGAACUGGCACCACCAGGCUACAAAGAAGGAGUGCAGAUUCCAUUUCUGUCGUUGGGAGAAGACAUUGGGAGUCGAACUGUAGUGUGUGAAGGUCACAGUGAACUGAGCGGGGACUAUAUAGUGGAGGAUGUGGUAGCUGAUGAAGGACAAACAUUCAGAAGACUCAUCUUUACUUCCUGUCCAAAUGUUAUCCAAUCGGAAGCCAGAUUGAAAUUAGAGGGAAAAAAGAAAGGAAAAGGAAAGAAAAAACAUGUUAUUGACAACAGCUAUUUGGCCAGCCAUUACUAUGUUGCCAUGGUGACAGGAUUAGGAUUUCUAAACUCUGCUGUUAAUAAAAAUGAGAGAUUAAGCUGUGUAUUGAUAGGUCUUGGUGGAGGAGGGUUGCCCAACUUUUUACAUCAAUACAUACCACAGAUGGAGAUAGACAGCGUGGACAUUGACCCGGCGAUCGUAGAGGUGGCCAGAAAGUGGUUUGGAUACCAGGAGGACCAGCGACAGAGAGCUCAUGUGGCUGACGGAAUCAAGUUUGUUCAGGAUGCCAUAAAACAAGGACAGAAAAAAGACAUUGUGAUUCUAGAUGUAGACAGUAAAGAUAGGACAACAGGCAUGAGUUGCCCGCCCCUGCCCUUUGUAACACCUGCUUUUAUGACUUCUGUCAAAGAUUUGCUCAAAGACUCUGGCCUACUGAUGUUAAAUGUUGUUUGCCGAGAUGACAAGCUGAAGAAUCAGGUGUUCCAAGACAUCCAGGAAGUGUUUCCCUAUGUGUACACCAAAGACUUUACAGACGAUGUGAACACAGUGCUGUAUGCCCUCCCCUCCCAGCCUGUGUUACCUGACCCCACAUACAGGUCAGAAACAGGGGGUAAGAAAAAGGGGGGUCCAGUAGACCCAUUGAUUAGGGGACUCAGUGCCAAUGUGUCAGUGCUACAGAAAAACAUUAAAGACUCAAACAGUUCCGUCAGUGUGGAUCUUGUGGAGAUGCUGCAGGGAAUUAAACUGGUCAACAGGUGAAAACUUUCUAUACUAGAGAGAAAUACAUCUUAUGAACAAGAUUUGAUUUUGUCGUUUUUUACAUUUAUAUCACAUUUUUAAUUCAUCAAUCAAAUUUCUUUAUCUUCAUGGUCAGAGGCAUUGGGAUAGAAUUUCUGUGUAGCACAAUUUCUCACAAGGGACAUAAUACUAAAUAUUGGUUGUCAAUCUGGUAAUAUUUUAUUUUAAGAGUUAUCUCUCUUCUUGUAUAUAAGCCACAGGAAUACACGUAGCAACUGCUAAAGUGAUGUAUGCGCAAUAAUUGACAAAAUAGCUUUAACAAUCACAAAUAUCACAAAAUGCAGGUAUUUUUAUUUGAUUCAAAACUUGCCAAUAUGCGUGAACAUAUAUUUUGAGGAGAAAAGAAAUGUUUUUUUUUUUCAUUAUUCAUUGAGCUGAAUUCAGCAAGUACGUGUAUUUUUGUACUUACUUAUUUUACAAAUGAAAGUGUUUUUUCUUUCAAACGAUUUUUCAGUGCAAAGUUCUUUUAUUAAAUCUGGUAAAAAAAAAUAUGAAAAACGAUUAAUUCAUGUGUUUGCUAGGUGUUUAAAAUAAUAAAUAAAUGUAUUUAUAGCUUAGAAAGUCAACUCAAUUUUUGAUGUUCUUUGUUUUAAAUGAAAUGUGUUGAUUGAACUUCUGGCUGUGAUGAGAAUGUAGGGAGCACUGUUGCUAGGGUACGGUUCAGUAUGGUUCAGGAAUGUAGAAAAUGCACCCAAAUGUUUGAGUUGCAGAAUCUUUAAGAAAAGCUUUGGACAGGAAAUUUAUCUUAAAAAACUUCUAAAUGAUUUAAGAUUCAUAUUUACAAAAUUUAGAACCUGUAAUCAUAAAUUACCAGUUGAAACUGGAAGAUGCAAUAACAUAGAAAGAUGUCAGAGAAUUUGUUCGUAUUGUAAUAAAAACACUUUGGGUGACGAAUACCACUAUGUUAUGGAAUACCAGGCAUUUUAUUUAUUCCGCAACAAAUUAAUUCAAGAAAAAUACUCAACAAAUAUUAUCACUAAUAAAUUUGGGAACCUUAUGAAUACCAGUGACAUUGAUUCAUUAACAAAAUUGUCCAUAUUUGUUAAAAAAAUAUAUUAUUAGCUUGAUUUAUUAAACUCUUGCUCUUCCUAA